AUGGUGAAGGACACUCGGCUCUACGAUGUCCUAGGAGUGCAGCCGGGUGUGUCUGCUGCGGAACUCAAGAAAUCAUACAAACUGGCGGCACUACGGUACCACCCAGACAAGAAUGGACACAGCGAGGCGUCGAAACAACGGUUUCAACAGAUAGCGGAUGCGUACCGGGUGCUCGGAGAUGAGCGGCUGCGGAAGAUCUAUGACCGGUACGGGACCGUGGACGAGGGGGAGGUGGCGGCGAUGGCGGCCGCGGAGCGGCGGCACGCGGGGGGGAUAACGCCAGGUGAUCUCUUUGCUCACUUCUUCGGAGACGGGCAGGGCCUGGGGUCGUUUGCAAUAUUUGGAGAGAGCGGGGCAUCAAGCGCGCGCUGCAGCAGGGUGUCGCGCGGACCGGAUAUUAAACACAAGCUGCGCUGUACAUUGGAAGAGUUGUACGGCGGUAAAGUUGUGCGCUUGGCCUUGACACGCACGCGGCUCUGCACUUUGUGCGCGGGGCGCGGAGGGUCUCGGGCAAGCACGUGUACGGCUUGCUCAGGUCAGGGUAUCUGCUCCCAGACCAAGCGGCAGGGCUCACUUGUGCAGACAUGGAGCUCCACGUGCCGCGUCUGCAGCGGCUCCGGCACCAUCGUCAAGGACUGCGACACAUGCACCUCUUGCGGCGGAGCGGGCUAUCUGCGCGAGCGGAAGGUGUUCGAGGUGGAGAUCCGGCCGGGCAUGCGCGCUGGGUCGGAGGUGGUAUUCCCAGGCGAGGCAGAUGAAGUCGUUAACACGCCAUACGGUAAGGAGCAGGUACUCCCGGGCGACCUCGCGAUCACUAUUGAGGAGGCGACCCCUGCUACACGCUACCAGUGCCGUGGAGACGCGAAUCUCCUACUCACAGAGUUGCAUGUCGACCUCCGCACAAGCCUCUGCGGAGGCACUGUCUACAUCGAAGACCAUCCUAGCGGAAAGCUCAUUCAACUUGAAAUUAUUCCGGGCGAGUUGCUCGAGCCGGGCGCCAUCAAAUGCAUCGAGCAUCUGGGUAUGCCACAUCCUGAUGAUCCCUCGCAGUACGGCCACCUUUUUAUUAAGUUCCAUGUUGACUUUCCGAAGACCCUAGCGGAUAGCACCAUCACGGCAAUUGCACAGGCGCUUGAUGCAGAUACAAACGUCCGGACGCGUACACCUCCUGCUGCCGCAGACGGUUGCGAGGAGCAUGUCCUCAGCAACUUCCAUCACGACUUAGAUACACCGAAACGGCACAUUCAUAAUUCGACGAUGCGCAGGCACAAAAGGUCCCGUUUAGCUACUAGCUCUCGAAGCGCGCAAGAGGACACAGAAGAUGAAGACAAUGAUUGCAUAUGCAGUGGCGGGCUCUAUACCGACAAUCAGCAGGACGAUUUCAUGAUGGGGCGCGCGACUGCUGCGAACUGA